AAUUUUUUGGCAUUUUGUUUUACGCAUUUAGAGAGAAAUAACAUGCUUACUUGAAAUCGUGCCGAUAACGAAAGUAUUAAUUAACGCGGAAGUGAUAUGUGUUUAUUGAAUUAGUACUAGUGACCAAAUGGGUAGUGAAUUGAAUCUUGAGUCUACGGAAUCCAGGUAUUCGUCAGAGACCACUUGAGCCUCACAACUGUUAUGCCAAGACUUCACAUUCCGUGUUGUUAUAUUUGGACUCAAUAUCUCAUGCCGUUCAUUUAUCAUGUCAUUAUUGGCUUCCUAAGUACAGUUAGCAGGACAUGGAUUGGAACUGUUCUGUCCAUUAUAUGGAAUUGGACCGGAGGGUGGUUCAGCUGGACGCGGCAGUCGGAUGCAAUGCUACGUAAUGUUGAGAAAAAAAUAUUAUCAUGCUUAAAAACAGCGUACAAGCGUUUCUACGUGGACAUAGGCAGCGUGGUGGGACAGAGCGACAAGAUAUGGACCAUUUCACUCAACGACGAGUCCCCUAAGACUCCACUAGUGUUACUGCAUGGUAUGGGCGCGGGCCUAGCGCUCUGGUGCCCUAACCUCGACUCCUUUGCCGCUACGAGACCCGUCUAUGCCAUCGAUCUACUAGGAUUCGGUCGCAGCUCCCGUCCUAAGUUCGCGUCAGACGCUCAGAAGGCUGAAGCCCAGUGGGUGGAGUCAGUCGAGGAGUGGCGGCGCGAGGUCAACCUGUCGCAGUUCAUACUGCUGGGACACAGUCUCGGCGGAUAUAUCGCUACUGCUUAUGCUAUUAAGUACCCGGAGAGAGUCCGUCACCUAGUCCUAGCCGACCCAUGGGGCUUCGCAGAGCGUCCCCCGAACGCGUACGAAAAGGCCCAACUGCCCCUAUGGGUCCGCGCCAUAGCCACCGCAGUUCAGCCACUUAACCCCCUCUGGGCGGUCCGAGCGGCCGGCCCGGCUGGCAAGUGGCUGGUCAGUAAGACCAGGCCAGACAUCUCCAGGAAGUACCUCAACUAUGUGCAGGACGCGGAGAGGGUUAUACCUGAGUAUAUCUACCAGUGUAACUCGCAGACGCCUAGCGGCGAAAGUGCCUUCCACACUUUAAUGACGGGUUUCGGCUGGGCUAAGAACCCGAUGGUCCGUCGCGUGGACGAGCUGGACCCGGCGCUGCCCAUCACCGUGCUGUACGGCUCGCGGUCCUGGGUCGACAACAGCAGCGGACAGGUGCUGCUCGAGCAUCGAGGACCUGCCAACACUUAUGUACAGGUAAUCAAUGGCGCCGGCCACCACGUAUACUUAGACAAGCCAGAGCUAUUCAACAAGUUCGUCCUCGAGGCUUGCGUCCGCGCAGACGGGCACGACCCGCGCCCCGCCCUCGCCUCAAGCUCCGCCCCCGCCAUCGAAGCCUCCGCCUCCACCCCCGCGAGCCCCGCCCACGCCGCAAGCUCCGCCCCCGCGAUUGCCCCAGCAAGCAGCGAGAAGGCGCAAACGUCCUGAUGAUACAAGUACAUUAGUUCUAGUACUAAUUGUUACGCACACUUGGUUUUAUAGCCGGACUAAUUUGUAACGUCUUGCUUGAGUUCAAGUUGUAUAUGUAAAUGGAGGUCUGACUACAAUCGCGAGUGGCAGGAGAAACUUCAAAUAAACCUCCGUUUAAUAAUAUUAUUUUCUUAAAAAAGAAUUGUUUGUAUUGUUCUGUUUUAAGAGAUCUAUGUGUAUUUGAUUUUAUCGAUUUUAUAUAAUCGACUAAAGUUGCCCAGAACUUUGUCACAUUGUGUGGUGAAACUAAGAUAGGCCUAAAUGUGGCUCGCGGGAGCAGAUAGCUUAGUCGAAUGAAGUAUUAAAGUACAUAACUGAAUCUAAAACCCUUUCUUAAAUAUUGGAUGCUUUUAACGGACCAUUUGGGCACAAUAACUACUUACAAAAUAUUAUUUGAAACCAACUACUUACUGUAGGUAAGAAAAUUAUAGUGCUUAAUUUAUUUUAUCUACAUUUUCAAAUUUUAUCCAAAUUAUAUCAAAACUGGGGUCACUUGGCUGUUUUAAUGAAAUUCAGAGAAUAUGUUGUAUGUAUGUUUAAAAUACAGGUUACGGGUAACAACUAUGAUUUUGUUAAUGUUUGACUCUUUAAUGAAAUGUUUUAAUUAUGUUUUGUAAAAACUAUAUUUUGUUAUUAGUCGAAGAAGUUUUAUCACGACCAAUAUCCUGGAGCGUACAAUAAUAAUAUAUUAAGUAUUCCAUACUUCCAUGAAUUAUGUUAUUUUAAUUCUAAAUGUCAGUGCCUUUAGUAUUAAAUCUUCUCUCAACUCAAAAUAAUGUUAGUUUUUUCCUCUUAGAAAUAUAUUGGUAUUUUUUGGCGCCACAUCUUAUAAAGUUAACAUUUUUUAUACUUGGCUUGUGGAGCUACCGAGUACCUGCUUCGAACGUGUAAAGGGAUCACAAUGUAAUGAGACUAUUUUAUCCAACUUAUUUACUUUGUUGAGACGUUAGUAGUUUCAUAUUAUAAAUGUGUUUGUGUUUAUCGAAAUAUGUCAUAAACCUGUAAUAAACUUUCCUUCUUAUUGUUUUCCAAUAUAACUUCUCUAAACUUACUCAAAUCUGUCACUUCAUAAAUCUCUUUUAUACUCACGGUGGGUUGCGCCAUUUAACUAUAACGAUAACCGAACCAUUUUCAAAAGUUCAAUCGCCAAUUUGACCAAUGGGCGGCAAGUAACUACAUGGUUGGGUAAUCGUUAUAGUUAAAUGGUGCACCUCACCAUUAAGCUAUUUAUAUGCGAAUUUGUCUGGCUGUCCACCCGCGUCCGAUAAAUCAGUGAUUGAUUUUUUGUAGGAGAUAAAUAGAACACACUGAUAGCAACGUCUAACAAAAAGUCGGUCAAAAAAUCCUAAUUAGAGGGUCCUACAAAAAUCGGUCCGAUUGUGUCCUACACUCUGACGUGAGCGGGCAGCCUUACAGGUUUUAAAAUAUUGUAUCUAGACACAGAACAUUUGAAUAUGAGAUUACUAUUGUCGCAGCAAGCACAACGGUGUUGUUUGCCUAUGUGUCGCGAGUUCGUUGAGUAUUGUUGUUUAGCCACAGGCUUUUUGAUACACGGAAUGAGAUAUUGUGUAAAUAAAGAUAAUUUAUUGAAACUA